AUGGGAAGCCAUCCGCGAGACCACGUCACCGUGGGUAUAGUCGGAGGUGGGAUUGCCGGUCUAGCGCUUGCCAGAAUGCUCGAGCUUUCAGGGAUAUCCUACUGCCUAUGGGAAGCAUAUAGAGAAUUCGCCACGCACACAGGCGCCAGUGUCGGACUUAUGCCCAACGGUCUAAGGAUACUGGAUCAACUGGGGAUGAUCCACAAAUUCAAUGAGUAUAACGUGAAGCGCGGAGAUUGGGAGCAUCGAGAUGCGAACGGGGUUCUCCGAACUAGUCACAAUCCUGGAGCGAUCUUUGAGGAAAAAAUUGGAUAUGGCGGCAUCUUCAUGGAAAGACAGCGAGUGCUUCAAAUCCUGUACGAAAGUAUCGAGGAUAAGACCAGGCUUCACUCUUCAAAGCGAGUUGUGUGCGUGGUGCAGACCGGCCACGAAGCUGUGAUUGUGAGCGAGGAUGGGAGUGAACUUGGUUGCGAUUACGUUGCAGGAUUCGAUGCUCGCUAUGCCUGUGUCUAUGGCAUCUCGAAUCCAGUUUCAGGCAUUGAACCGGGCCGUUCUUUCACCGUCUACCGACCAGACGUAUCCCUGUUGAUAUUCUGUGGCCACAACGGAGACAUAUACUGGUUCAUGACCCACGAUCUGAAGCGUACCGUCGCGUUUGAAAAGCGUGAGAGAUUUUCUGAACAGGAUAUCGAGGCGCUAUAUGCACAAGUUGCCGACAAAACUGUGACGGAUGGGUUGGUUUUUGCCAUUAUGUUUGAGAACAGGCGGGCUGCGGUUAUGACAGCCCUGGAAGAGGGCAUUGCAGAGCAAUUCUUUUCCGGGCGCUUGUUUAUGCUAGGUGAUUCUGCGCACAAGAUGGUGCCUCAGGCAGCCAUGGGCGCAAACCAAGCCAUCGAGUCCGCAACAGCAUUCGUCAAUAUCCUGCGCCCCUUCCUGUCUCAUAAAACAUCUCAGUCUUCAAGCGCGUACAUUACACAAUCUGAAGUGGAAUUAUGCUUGGAGCAGUAUGACCUCCGACGUCGCGCACGAGUUACUGAAGCCUUUCGGAGAGCAAAUCUCACCUGCCGCGCCCACCUAAAGAUCGGACCCGUGAGCGAGGAAUAUUGGGCGAAUCUCCCUAAAAUGAUGAGCCCAGUGGCAAUUUCCAAGUUGUUGGAUUCAUUUUCUCGCGGAGAGGUGUUGGAGAAUUGGUCGGUAGGGAGUACUAACAUGGCUGUCUGCACGGGGUUUGGAGAAGCCAAAGAGUGCAUGUCAAAGUUAUAA